AGAGCCUUUCGUACUCGGUCUUUUGCGCAAGAUCUUAAUCAUCCAUCAUGAGUAAAGUGACACGCGAGGCCCUUUACGAGGCUGUUGACAAAGUCGUCAAAGGGAGCAAGGCCAGCAAGAGAGGUUUCCUCGAGACCGUUGAGCUGCAGAUCAACCUGAAGAACUACGAUCCACAGAAGGACAAGCGUUUCUCCGGCACUGUCAAGUUGAGGUCCAUCCCUCGUCCCAAGUACAAAGUAUGCGUCUUGGGAGAUCAGCAGCAUUGUGAUGAAGCCAAGGCCAACAACAUUCCUUGCAUGGACACAGAGGCUCUGAAGAAACUGAACAAGAACAAGAAGCUCGUCAAGAAACUAGCCAAGAAGUAUGACGCUUUUCUGGCCUCCGAGGCACUCAUCAAGCAGAUCCCUCGUCUUCUUGGUCCUGGGCUCAACAAGGCCGGCAAAUUCCCCACGCUGGUCACCCACUCUGACCAACUGGUCACCAAGGUGGAGGAAGUAAAGGCAACCAUCAAGUUCCAGAUGAAGAAGGUCUUGUGCCUUGCCGUUGCCAUCGGUAAUGUCUCCAUGUCCGAUGACGACCUGGUCAGCAACAUCGCUCUGGGUAUCAACUUCCUUGUGUCUCUCCUGAAGAAGAACUGGCAGAAUGUACGCUCUCUUUACAUCAAGAGCACCAUGGGAAGGCCACAACAGGUGUAUUAACCUGCUUCUUGAGGAUCCAUCCAUUCAAUGGACACUUUCUCAUUCAGAUGCCCUCCAAACUAUUCCAAAAAUCAUGUUAAUAUCAGGAAGAGGCGUUAACCUGACCACUCUUAGGGAUAUUUUGUAAAGAAUCAAGAACAUUGUUUUUGGUAAUGAUGGGAUUACACUUAUAGUACCUGAUUUGUUUUAUUAGGCCUGGUGAAAAUACAAGUCCAUCAAUAAAUUCAUAUGAAUAUUUUUACAAGGACUAUCUCAUUGUCUCAAAAUAAAACGUUCCAUUACGCAGUUUUUGGCCCAACUAUCCAAGACUACAAAUUAAUAUUUCAGUGGAAUUCUGGAUACUUCAGUGUAUUAUCAAGUGAUGUUGAACCAAAGCAGGGUGAAUAAAUGAAAGUGAAGAAAACGCAA